AUGGUCUAGAAUGUAAGGUAAGAAAUGAGAUGAAAUGAAGAAAUGAAAUGAGCAUUCCCAACCAGUCUGCUGUGUUUCUUAUGAUGACUUGAUGUCAUCAUAAGAGAUGAGUGAGAGGGCUCAAGCAGAUUAAUGCGUGUUUCUCGUCUUUAGACUGAGCUAGUAGACCUGAGCUAGACCCAACAAAGGCUAAUCAGCUUCCUAUUAAAGCAGGGUUCAGUGUGUUCCCCUAAACAGAAAGCUGUGUCCUUUUCAAGCCUUUUCUCUGUUUCGCCUCAGCAUAAACAUCAACUUGGUGACAAAGGUGAAAUGCAGUCUCCCUGCCUCUUCCAUUUGCUCAUAUUAAAGCUUGUGACCACAGAUUGAUGGUAACCUAAGAGCUUUUUCUUCAUCAUCAGCCUCUCACUCCUUCUGUGUGCCUCAAAACCUAAAGAUAGUUACACACCUUCCCUGAAAGCUGAAGAGAGCACCCCAGUGUUUUCCAGCCUCAGACCUAUUCAGUCCUGACUCUCAUACCUCUCACUUCCUGAUAUGUACCUUUAUACCCAGCUGGAAACCGCCUGUGUGCUGCGCGUCACAGUCAGGUUCCAGCAGGACCCCAUUGUCUGCGCAAGAGCAAUAUUCACGAUAAUUGAGUGCUCCCCACAGACAGGACUUUGCACUGGUUAGUUUUGUGUUGUUUUUUUAUGUAAUGUAUCAUCUACCUGACAGUUGAGUUUUUCUUUGGUCUGGUGAUGUAUAUCAUUCAGUUUUGCAGCUUCAGCUUCUGCCCUGAUGGUCACAGUCUGGCAGAAAUGACCACUUUGACGAAUAACAGUUGUGUAAUUACUGUGUUUGGUGAGUGGGAGGGAGCUGAGACAGCAACAACCGUAUAAUUGGUGCUUGGUUUGAAGGUUUAUCUCUUCUACAGAACGAUGCCUCUGCUCUCAGGUCCAAGUUCUGGUUCUGUCUAGCUGCUUUGAAGUGACAGCUCUGAUGUGUGCCAAGUCUUUGCAUAAGUUUCAGUGAUCAGGCCAGUGUUUAGGCCGUAGCAGCACCAAAAGGGCUGGUCUGUAACCCAGACCACAGCACAUCUGAUCCAGGAUUCACUGAGUUUCCAUCUCUAAAGUACAAAAAUGUUAGAGCCGCAGUUUCAUAUUAAAACAUUGGCAGAUUGUUCCGAUGUUGUUAGUGUCUCUUCCUGCAGAUCUGAGCCACAUCAGCUGAUCCAAACUUUCAAACAGUCUGAACGUUUACCCUAGAUGCGACACAGAUUCCUUUGACUAUAAGAAUAUAUAGAGAGACAGCAGCAGAGCAAUAGAAAUGUGACUCAGCCUUUCUCCUGUCAGGCAGAGCGACAGGUCUGCGGAGGAGGAGGAGGACAGCGUUGCGCGUUGUGGCCAGGAUGUGCUGCCAGCAUCCACCUGUCCGGAGAGGAGUGUGCAGAAGCUGCUGACCCCCAACAGCUCUUUGAUUCAGUUUCAGCUUGCUUUUCAGUCUGUAAAAUCAUCAAUCAAUGCAGCUAUUUACUGAAACGACCUAUCACUGGGUUGUAUCACAAAUGUUUCCAAAUUCCAGCAUCAUUUGGUUUGAGAAGAAGCUGUGCUUCACUGCAGUUAACCUGACAGUACAUAUUACUCAAUACAGUGUACUGCAAUUACUGCAUAUAUUAAUGUCAGUGUAGUUGAUCAGUACUGACUGAAUACCAUUUGUAUUGUAUUGUAGUGGCUAUGUUUAGAGAAGUGUAGUAAUGCCCUGGUUAGGGCUAGUGAAACACGUGUUCUCCAAUGUACAUAUGGAAUAUUCCAGCUUUCUCAAUACGAUACAGAACUGUACUGUACGAAACUGUGGAAGCUUGUUUCAAAUAAUCAGUAGUUGCGAGUAAACGCCAGUCCAGCAGGUGGUGCAAAGGGCUUCGCUCUUUAGGUGAUUCGACACCAAAAAAACAACGAAUAAGAAACUGCGGGCGUAACGCAACAACGGUUGUGUUGUGAUGGAGGAAACGGAGUUUGCUGAUGUUUUAGAUGAAUGGUUCAUUGAGACCCUGAAAACAUACAAAGAUCUCUACGUGUAUCAGCUGGAAAAUCCUACGCAGGUCAUUGAGUGGACGUCAGAGAAAAACAUCUGCGUUGCAGGAAACAGUUUGUCUAAAAGUGAAAUUCUGGAGCUUCAUUUGCCGCAGAGACUCUUUGCUCAAGAAAUUAAGGGUCUUUGUACAGAGCGAGAUUUUAAAGUUGUCCGUGGUGGAUUCACCGAUGGUCCUGUCUGCUGCCUCGUACAUGUCCCAGGAACAAGAUGUGCUGUGACAAACGAUGGGCUAACCUCCGAUCUGCAGGUCUGGGACCUCGGUAGCGAUGACAGAGUGACAGAUGUGAUCAGGAGAACAGGAGGCAUCAGAGGAAGCAGAAAUGUUGCGGGAAGCGGCAGCAGAAUCGCAGCUCAACCCUCAUCACAGCCACAAGUUCUUCAUGGAGCGUGGAGCAGCGACGUCCAGCUGAGCAAUGUGACAUCGGGACAGACUCUGUAUAAACUAGCAGGGCCCACAUCAGCAGACCCACUGACUUCCUUACAGUUUGUAAGCAACUGUGUUUUCCUCGCCAGCUGCUGUAAUGGAAACAUUUACAUCGCAGACACUCGAACCUCUGCUGCUCCACAGCUUUCACCACCACUGCAGUCAUCUCCCUGCGAUUCUGUCCUCUGGUGGGCAGACGCCUCUUCAGGACUAGAACCGUGUUGCUGCAGGGUCAUCAGACUGUCCUCGUCUGGUCACGCCACCGUUUCUGACCUGAGGAACCAAAAAGAAGCCGUGAGUCAAGCCCAGCUCAAUAUUAAGACACGAUGCUGCUGCCUGAACCAUGUCCGGGUGUCAUGGGCUCCAGCGCUGGACAACUGUGUUGCAGUGUCAGGUUUCGAUGGAGCAGUCCAGAUCUACAACACGUCAUGCUGGGGGACAGCGCUGCUGGAAGCUCAGCCACUGUUUCAACAUUGCGGCCACGCCAUAGCAUUGCGGUCCAAUGACGUCCCUGUCUGCAUCACCUCCCAUGUCUGGCAUCCCGAGCGGCCACGGACGCUGCUGUCUGCAGCCUCCGAUGGUUCUGUCCACGUGUGGGACUGGGUCGACAGUUAAACGCCACAGAUAUCAAGCUCCAGUUCACCUGAGGACAGAACGAUGAGAUGCUCAUGUUAGAAGAUGGCUUCAGUGAAUCCGCAGCUGAUAAAUUGACCUUACAUUAUCGUCUAAAGAGAAAAUCACACUUUCUUGGUGACAGCAGAGUUAAAUAUCAUAAUAUGCUGAGGAUAUAAACAGGUUCAUAGCUCAGCUGUAACGCAGAUAAUGAAAUAUAGAGUUUUACUAUUCUACAAAUUUGUUAUGUAAAGGUAAUUAGUAUUUCUGUCAUGCCAUUCCGUUUAUGUUUCCAUGUCAUGGAAGAAUUAAUAAAUCGGUUUAAUAAGUUCAGUGCCGGCGAACUUUCACCAACAGAAGCCUUAACAGCAUCUUUCUUACCUUAGUUUCUGUUCAUUCUCUGCUUCAAUGUCACGUUUGACUCAGUUUUCACAACCUCUUCAAAAUGUGAAGAAAAGUUAGAUUAAGUCCAAAAGAAAAUCUAAUAAAGCUGAUUUACCCUA